CAUUCCUACUACUUACCUUCAAGUUCAUCUGAAGUAUCUCAAAAUCAAUGACUUCAAUCUUUCAUUUAUCUGAUUGGUCUUAUACCUUUCUCAUUUAUGCAGUCUGGGGUCUAAUUCCCUGGUCUUGGUAUUACACUUUAAAUCAUUCACUUAGGUUUUCUCUUCGUUUGCUUUUAUCCAAUAGACCAUUUGAUUUCACUUCAUUUCCUCAUCUUCAGUCACUAUUGAAAUUUCUUGCCCAAUCUAAAUCUAGACCCAGUUCACUUCUAUUCUCUUAUGCUUUACUUGAAGUUCUCUUUUCAAUUUAUUAUUGUUAUCAAGCUAAGCUAGCUCAGCGUAGGAUUUAUCAAGUCCAACAUUCUCCCGAGUUCCUUCGAUCCUGUAUUCUUAAGGUCGUAGGUAGUGGAAUUCCACCUGAUUUAGGUCAACAGCUCGAUGCAUCUUUUGCCGAAUCAAGCAACCAGCAGCGCACGCGACUUCAGCGUCCGGUAUCUCCCCAAACUUUGGCUCCGACCGUAGCCUUGGAUUUUCAUGAUCCUCAUGCUGUAGACUUCAGGUCACACGUAGUGAUUUGGUUUGGGAAAUGCGAAUGGGAAGAGAUCUGCCGUGAUAAUUUCAUGGAAUGGCUUGCAUGGUCACUUUUCAGUGUCCAUCAUCACGAAAUACGCGAUGCGGCUCAUCACGAGUUAAUCGCAUCUCUGCUUUCGGUUUUCGAAUUACGGGCGGGUGCCAAGCUUCCGCCGGGUUAUAAUUCACGCUUACGUCCUCGAGUCAUGCGUCUCACACUUGACCCUGUCAAAGUGACUUCUCAUCCCAUUGGAUUUUAUGCGGCUGUUCAAGGAUUAAGUUGGAUGGUCAAGCGAAUGUUGAUUAAAAAUGGCUUCACGGAAACACAAUGUACCCAUCGACCCGACGGCUUACGCUACUUGAUUCGGAAACCGGAUGGAUGGGAUCAGGCACCUGAAAAAACUCGAUCGGUGCCAUUCAUCUGCAUCCAUGGAUUGGGGGUUGGCUUUAUCCAAUAUGUCGCCUUCCUCCGCUAUCUUGCACAUUCACCCUGGGCUCGAUCGCGGCCCGUCAUGAUACCUAUCCAGCCCUCAAUUUCGUCAAGUUCCUUCUCGUCUCAACAUCUUUCCCCGCCAUCCAAGGAAGAGAUGACGUCAGAUAUGCGCGAAGUUUUUCGUAAGGAGGGAUUUGAGACAAGUGGGGCCGAUCUUUUCGGACAUUCGAACGGCACGAUCGUGGCAGCCUGGAUUAUCAAAUCCAUGCCUCAUCUCGUCAAACGAGUCUGCUUGGUCGAUCCAGUUUGUUUCUGUCUUUGGGAAGGGCACGUUUGUCAUAAUUUUCUUUAUGGGACCCCUCAGAACGGUCUUGAGCGAUUGAUGCGAUAUUACAUUGGCACCGAGCUAGGCGUGGCCAAAUACUUACAUCGUCAUUUCGAUUGGGUUGCCAAUAUACUGUGGCCAGCUGAGCUUCCAGACUUCAAGGAUGGCAACAGAUGUAGUGUUUUCCUAGCUGGUCGUGAUUCGGUACUAAACGCACCGCGUGUAAGAAAGUACCUUUUACAGAAUGGUAUGACAGAAGUUGGGACAGAGAAAGGGGAGCCAGGGCAGGCCGCAGCGGGUUUGGUGAUGGCCUGGGAUGCGGCUCAUGGGGAGAGCUUGAUUGAGGGUCAUUUUGAACGGAUCAAAAGUUGGCUUGAGCGUACAACAUGACAGAUAGUUGACGCAGAUUUCAUGUUAAAUAUAGAUAUUAGGAUCCUUGUGACACGGCGGGAGGUACAGUAAGCUAUACAGGUGUAAGCUAUGUCAUCCCAUCAAUGUUGUAAGGUAGCAGAAUCUUAGAGCUCGAAGUUUCCCAAAACCAUGUCCGGGACGUCGAUUCGGAGUCUUAUGAGUUUUCG